GAACGCUGCCUCGCUCGUCCGAAUUCGGUGGCGCCACGUCCGCCGGUCUCCGCCUUCUGCACCGCGGCUUCGGCGGCUUCCGCCUACACACCUUCCACUCGCGGAGCCGGCCGCGUCGUGAGGGGGCCGGCACAGGGGGUGAGGCGGCCGGCCGUGCGCACGCCGGCCACCUGAGAGGCGAAGAUGUCGGACAUCGGGGACUGGUUCAGGAGCAUCCCGGCCAUCACGCGCUACUGGUUCGCCGCCACCGUCGCGGUGCCCUUGGUCGGCAAACUCGGCCUCAUCAGCCCGGCCUACUUCUUCCUCUGGCCCGAAGCCUUCCUCUAUCGCUUCCAGAUUUGGAGGCCAAUCACUGCCACCUUUUAUUUCCCUGUGGGUCCAGGAACUGGAUUUCUUUAUUUGGUCAAUUUAUAUUUCUUGUAUCAGUAUUCUACUCGCCUGGAAACAGCAGCGUUUGAUGGAAGGCCAGCAGACUAUUUGUUCAUGCUCCUCUUUAACUGGAUUUGCAUCGUGAUCACUGGCUUAGCAAUGGAUAUGCAGUUGCUGAUGAUUCCUCUGAUCAUGUCAGUACUGUAUGUUUGGGCCCAGCUGAAUAGAGACAUGAUUGUAUCAUUUUGGUUUGGAACACGAUUUAAGGCCUGUUACUUGCCCUGGGUUAUCCUUGGAUUCAACUAUAUCAUCGGAGGCUCGGUAAUCAAUGAGCUAAUUGGAAAUCUUGUUGGACAUCUUUAUUUCUUCCUGAUGUUCAGAUACCCAAUGGACUUGGGAGGAAGAAAUUUUCUAUCCACACCUCAGUUUUUGUACCGCUGGCUGCCCAGCAGGAGAGGAGGGGUGUCAGGAUUUGGUGUGCCCCCUGCUAGCAUGAGGCGAGCCGCUGACCAGAAUGGUGGAGGUGGGAGACACAACUGGGGCCAGGGUUUUCGACUCGGAGACCAGUGAAGGAGUGACCCUCGGCCUGCCUGCCGGCUGCUCCGUCAGAUGACGUUCCUCCCGGUGUGGGGUGUACUUAACAACUGAAUUCUAGCUAAUGCUGUUGGACCUGACCCACACUGAAUGUAGUCUUUCAGUAUGAGACAAGAUUUUUUAAAUCCUGGAGAAAAAUACAAGUGUUCCUCAAGUUUCAUGAUUCUCAUUCAAGUCUUUAAUGCUAUGAAGAGCAAAUGUCAACUGUGCAAAUUUCAAAACUGAUUUUUUUUUCUUUUUGGUGUCUUUUUCUUCCCUUUUCGUCUGAAUAAUGGGUUUUUAGCGUUGAGCUGGGUGUGUGGGGUUGGGUAACCAGACCCUUGUCAGAAGGAUGUUCAUCUCCUUGCACACUUGCUUCCCUCCUGCUUUUUCCAACCCCCCAACUUUGCAGCUAGAGAAGGUUGCCCAUAGAAUGGUUCUGCCUUUGACAAACUUAUUUAUUGACUUUGGCCAAGGCUUGAUCACAAAGCCGUUCACGCGUUUCUUCUCCUGCUUGGGCGGCAGAGCUGUAACAAUAGAGAAGACUGAAACAGUGGCUGAAGAGCUUCCUCGGCUUUUGCGACCGUUUCUCCACCUCUUCAGGUGUUUGACUGAAACACCUCUGAGUCAGUGAGGGCCACAGAUUCCUAUUAAGGAGGUAUAAGGGUUGUCGGCAAGGCAUUGCCGCAGGUGAAGUGUUCAGAACUGUAGUGGAUUUGUAUCUAACACAGGGGCUGGAUUAAGCCGUGGUGGAUGGUGAUCCUGGCUUUGGGUACCCAGGGUAGUUGGGUUGUGUUAGGAGGCUCCCAGUCACGUUGGCUACAGGGAGUGCUCCCUUGGAGGGACUCCUGGACGUUGAUUCCAUUUCAUUCUUCUGGGUACAUGUUCACUGAGAAGCUGGAAGAGAGAGCCUCAGACCCUAUUUAAAUAAAUAGUCUUUUUUUUUUUUUUAAGCCUCCCUUACCCCUUUUUAGUCAAGUGUUGCAAUUUAUUGUGAGGAAGGUGUGGCUCUUUGUGUAUGUGAAUAGUUUUUUAAAGCUAAUGUAAGCACAUUUAAAUGAAUCAUUGCAUAAUUUGGGGUUGCGAUGGCUUUAGAAGAAUGAUUUGUAUUUGAGGGUCUUUAUUGUUUGAGUCUUGAAUGUACAAGCUCUGUGAGCCAGACCAGCUUCAGUACCCACAACUCCUUUUCAUAGGUGGGCUGUUUCCAUCAGAGCUUGGCUCCUCACCAAAUAAAGUUUUUUUUGAAGGCUACAGUGUUUCACAGUUAUUUGAUUUUGAGUUUUUACUCUGCAAGCAGACUGCUGGGAGCGGUGCUGAGCGGCUGCCAUGCUUUGAGUCAACAAAAGGCUUUGAACAUUUGGACCGGCUUCUUUCGGGAAACACCCACUCUGUGGGACUAUUCCUCUCCCCACCGAAGCGGUGAUGGCUGUCACACCAGGAACUGGGAGCUGGAAGAGAGCUUCGCAUUUUUAGUGAAGUUUGUGCGUACCUCUCCAGAUUUAAUUUCCGUGAUAAAAUAGUGGGGGAGGGUGGCAUCUCGGCCUUCGUUGUCAUAUGUUCUGCUGUUGACCUGUGGCCACAAUAAAAUUUCCUUGUAAAAUUUC